AUGUCAUGCCGUGACUUGCUGGAUGCAGGAGCACAGGCGAAUUUUAUUUCAAAUAAAUUCGUGGCGAAGUUGAGAUUAAAAACAUUGCCUACGGAAUUGUCAAUAUCGGGCAUAUUCGGAUCGACGUCCGUCUUAAAUCGGAUGACGCGAGUCAGACUCCGGUCGCGACUGAGUUCGUUCGAGGCCGAGCUGGACUGCGUUGUCACCGACCGAAUCGCGGAUAGAGUUCCGGCGAGCACACUGAGGCGUCAGGCCUUCAGGCUGCCGCCCGGCAUCGAUCUAGCGGAUCCGAAAUUUAACAUAUCUUCCGACAUCGAUUUAUUGAUCGGGAUCGACUUAUUUUGGCGGCUGGCGUGCGUGGGCCAAAUUCAUGCGACAUCCGAGCACCCUCUUUUACAAAAAACACGUCUUGGCUGGGUUUUGGCCGGGCGUACGGGUGGGGGCACCUCACGAUCGAGCGCCAAAUUGCGUGCGUUACACGCGACGAUUAAUAACGCGCAGCUCCACGAACGAGUUGACCAAUUUUGGAGGAUCGAGGAAUUAGCGGAUUCUAACGGUUAUACCCGCGACGAGCAGGCUUGCGAAAGUCACUUUAUGACGAACGUGUCGACGAACGAUGAAGGCCGAUAUAUCGUGAAAUUGCCGCUAAAAGAGGACAUAUUUCAACGGCUCGGCGAAUCGCGCGAAACAGCGAUAAAGCGUUUUCUUGCGCUCGAGAAGCGGCUCAACCGCGACCCGGGUUUGAAGCGCUCCUACGCGAAUUUCUUACGCGAAUAUCAAUCGUUGGGGCACAUGAGAAUCGCACCUGCAAGGUCGAUCGGGGGUAAACCUGUAUAUCUGCCGCAUCACGGAGUAAUAAAGGGGACCGGUCCAUGCGCGAAGUUGCGCGUGGUUUUCGAUGCCUCGUGCAAAACCAGCACGGGAGUUUCGCUCAAUGAGGCUUUACGAAUAGGUCCGGUGAUUCAACAAGAAUUGAUAACAAUAUUAAUGCGGUUUCGAACGUUCGUAUAUGUCUUCGUGGCGGACAUAAUCAAAAUGUAUCGUCAGAUACGGCUGCACGAAUCGCAGACGCAUCUGCACAGGAUAGUGUGGCGAGAGGACUCGGGAGCGCCGAUCGGCGAAUACGAAUUGCUGACGGUCACGUACGGUACGAGUUCGGCGUCGUUCCUGGCCACCAGGUGCCUUCAGCACCUGGCACAAAAACAUGCGGACGAAUUCGCGAUCGGGUCGAGAUGCGUGCUCCGGGAUUUUUACGUCGACGACCUGCUCACCGGCGCUAACACCCUGUCGGAGGUGAGGCGCGUACGCGGGGAAACGGUUGCGCUACUGAAGCGCGGAAAGUUCGAGUUCGGCAGGUGGGCAUCAAACUGCCGAGAAUUAUUGAAGGACGUGGAGGGCGCGACGGAUGCGAGCGUGUCUCUGGGCGGGGACUCGAGCUCUAAGAUCCUGGGAAUUGCGUGGGAUCCCGUUAACGAUAGUUUUAAAUUCGAUUAUGAGACCGGAUCGCCUGCCAAUUGCAUAACCAAGCGAACGAUUUUAUCAGAGAUCGCGAGCCUUUUCGAUCCGUUGGGGCUAUUGGGGCCAUUGACGGUAGUAGCAAAAUUAAUUCUGCAAGACACAUGGCAGACGCAGGUCGGAUGGGAUGAGUCGCUGCCGCAGGACAUACAUACGCGUUGGCUGGGAAUAAAACAGCAAUUGACGAAUCUCGGUGAGUUACGCGUGCCGCGUUUCGUGGGCCGCGUGAUCGAUGACGGGGGUGUGCAGCUGCACGGUUUUUGCGACGCGAGCAAGCGCGCCUAUGGUGCGUGCGUGUACGUGAGAGCGUACAAUUCCGGAGAAUGCCGAGUGCGGUUGUUGGUCUCAAAAUCGCGAGUCGCGCCUAUGAGGGCAAUAUCAUUACCGCGCUUAGAGCUGAGCGCGGCGCUACUGUUGGCAAAAUUGAUAGAAAAGGUUCGAGAGUCGGUCGGACUUCACGCCGCGGGGGUGGUUCUGUGGUCGGACUCCACCAUUACAUUGCAAUGGAUUCAGUCUUCGUCGCGAAAAUGGAGCGCGUUCGUCGCGAAUCGAGUCGGGGAGAUACAGCGCUUGACCGAGGGCGCAGAUUGGCGGCACGUGCCGUCCACGGACAACCCGGCCGAUAUAUUAUCGCGUGGCGCGGACUUGGCGGCUCUGGCUGUGUCUGGUCUAUGGUGGGAAGGACCGGCAUACCUUCGACUUAACGAGGGACAUUGGCCGAUUAGAAACAUCGAGAUAUCGGGAGAACUGCCCGAGCAGAAAAGAGUGAUCGCUGCCGUGGCGGUCGGAGAUCGACCGAUAGUCUCGGGUUUAUUGGAGAGAUUUUCGAGCCUGGAGAAAAUACUGCGAAUAAUAUCAUAUUGUUUGAGAUUCGGUCGUGCGCGACGGGCUGAGGAGAUCGGGUCAUCGAUAUCUCAUCGGGAGAUGACCGCGGCCAUGCAAGUCGUGGUGCGUUGUGUGCAGCGCGGGUCGUUCCCGGGGAAUAUCGCAGUUUGGGCGAGGGCCGGAGCAUCAGCGGCGGGAGUCGCAUAUUAUCAUUGUCACCGUUUAUGGACGAGUGUGGCGUCAUUCGCGUUGGAGGUAGAAUAA